AUUAACGUUCGCGCGAAAUGCGAUUUUCCUUCGGACUCUGUGUCGAUACGACAGCGAUUGCGCGCAUCGUGAUUCGUCCAGAUUCCAAAGAAAAUUACAUCGAUCGCUCGUAAACACUGCUGGUGCGAGAGUUACUUUGGUGUGAACAAUGCAGUAGUUCUACCAUGCAUAUCAAUAUUAAUUAGGAAUAUCAUGAAACAAAGAGUGCCAGAGUACUUUAUUUUAGUUGUUUCAAUUAAAUAUAUUGGUGGAAAAUGCUGAGUGAUGUGUACUUCGUAUAUUGACGAAAGAAAAAACAAAACACCACAAAUGAAUCCUCAAAACAGCAAUGAGAUGGAUACCAGUUUUAUCAAAGCGAACUAUGUUUAUUUGUUUCAUAUUGUUAUUUCUAUUAUAUUUAUUUUAUGCUUUGAAUUCUUGUUUAGUUGACGAAAACAAGUUUACAAUAAAAUACAUAAUAUUGAAGCAACACAUUACUAAGUACAAGGCAGCCGGGGCACAUUUCGCUUCUCUCUUUGGGUUCCACGUGGACGAGAAUUAUAAAUAUAGACAUUUGAAUCAAAACCAGAUGCCGGUGAAAAGACUACCUGACGCACUUAUUAUUGGUGUCAAGAAAUGUGGAACUAGAGCUUUACUGGAGUUUUUAAGAUUACAUCCCGAUGUGCGAGCUGCGGGGUCGGAGGUUCACUUCUUCGAUAAAUUUUAUCACAAAGGCUUUGAAUGGUAUAGGGACAGAAUGCCCCCCACUCUUGAAGGUCAGAUUACGAUGGAGAAGACUCCCUCGUAUUGGGUGACGAGGUCAGCUCCAAAGCGUGUGUACGCCAUGAAUCCUGGCGUAAAGCUGCUGGCGGUAGUCAGGGAUCCGGUCACUCGAGCCAUCAGUGAUUAUACGCAGUCAGCUAGUAAAAGGCCAACACUCCCUCGUUUCGAAGACUUGGCUCUGGUGAACAGUUCGGUCGGUUGGGGAGGAUCACCGUCAGUGGUAGACGCAUCAUGGCCGCCAGUACGGCUGGGAGUCUACGCGAGGCCACUGCGCCGCUGGCUGCGAAGGUUCCCGAGACAAAGGCUGUUGUUGAUCAGUGGAGAGAGAUUGGUAGCUGAUCCUGCUGCUGAAAUGGCUAGAGUGCAGGAAUUCUUGGGUCUAAAACGCGUGAUAACAGAAAAGCAUUUCUAUUUCAAUUCUACCAAGGGCUUCCCUUGUUUACUGAAGUCUGAAAGUCGGUCUACUCCACACUGCUUAGGCAAGACGAAGGGUCGGAGCCACCCCCACAUAGAUCCUAGAAUUCUAGAAAGACUGAGAGACUUCUACAGGCCGUUCAAUGAGAAAUUUUACCAGAUGGCCGGGAUGAACUUCCGAUGGCCUUGAAAUGUUGUGAUUUUGAAUUUUUGUUGUAUACGGAUUGAAGAGAAAUAUUAAUAUGUAAGUGGUAAGAAUUUGCAAGCUUAGUAUUAGGUAUUUCACAGGCAUAAUGCACGAGCAAGAGCAUUACCAAAGGCGUAAAUUAUUAAGGCUUCUUUGAGAAUAUUGUUUUUCAAACAAGAAUUAUAUUUGGCCUUACAAAAAUUAAUAUUUUAUAAGCCCAACAAUACCUACCUAUUUGUGAUUAUGCUUACUUAUGUAACUUCGUAUGUUUAUAUAAAAAUUCGUAUAAACAUACGUAUUUCCUAUAAUGUGAUAUUGUUAAUUUAAUUAUAAUUAAAAAACACAAUACCCUUCCUAAUUGUGGCUGAAUGUGCCAUAAACAUGAUGUUGAUUUUAUUUUGUUACUUAAUUUAAAUUUUAUAACAGUGAUUGUUUUAAAAUAUUGCAAGUCAAAUUGCAUAGUUGUAGAAUAAGUUCAAAAUUAUAAGUAGUUGCUUCUUAGUUCCUAGUUAUCAUUCCUUACUGAUGUGUUCCAUUGAAUAUCAUUUUACGGUGAUCACUUCAUAAUUUAUACGAUUAUGAAGUUAUAUCAUUAUGUAUUGUUAGUAAAUAUGUUUAAUAAUUUAGUAAUGUAGAGAAAAUCAAGAAAAACAUAGUUACGUUAAUAAUGAUAACUUGAUUUGUAGAAAGUAAAUACGAAUUUUUAUGUUGGUGACGAUCAUAAUAUUUCGCAUCAAGCUUAAGUCAUUUCCAUAUUUGAUCAAGUCUCUUUCAAAACCAUAAAAAUAAAUAAAUAAAUGUCAAUAUUAACUUAAAAUAUUAUGCUAACAGGAAACUAAAAACUCACUACAUAUGUAUUAUGUAUAACAAGAUAUAUCCUAUAUUUUAUUGUACCUGUCUUGCCAGUAAUGUGAACUAAAGGUUGUGUAAAUCGAACGAAUGAGAGAUAGGGUAAGCGUAACGUGCCAUACAAGUUAGUUAGGAAAUUAAAAUUAUAUAGAUUAGACACAAUUUUGUACUAAAUGCUAUAGCGAUACUCCUCGAAUUUUGUUCCUAAAUAGUUCUUAGUUAUUAUGACUUUUAACAAAAUGUUAUGACAAAAUAAUAUUAAUUCAAAUAUUAUAUGGCUCACGUAAACUCACGACAGGGUGUGGUAAAGUCGCGCCGCGCACUCAGUUCAUGCACAUGAGUGCCGGUCUGACUCGAAAUUAGUAGAUAUUUCCUCGAAUAGUUAUAGUUUGCGUGAGUAACCUAUAUAAUUUUGUUUACUAUGAUUAACUAUACAGUGUGUAAACGGAACGCCCCCAUGUUUUCGUGUUAUUCCUGCAACAACAGCCUUAAGCAGUUGAUUACAAUUAUUAUUAUAUAAAAUAAACAUUGUUUUUUUUUUUUAUAUAAUACUCGUUUCUUACCGUCGUCCCUUGUUUCUGGCGUUUGGUAGCGUUCCGUUUACACUCUGUAUUAUUCUAACAAAAAGACAAUGUGUCACUGCGUAGUAGCUUUGGAUUUGCUUUCUUCCUUUUGUAAUACUUAUAUUCAGCUAUGAGGAGUAUAAAUAAUAAUAUAGUUAAAUAAAGCGACAUUGUAUUAAGAAUAUUUGCACUGAGCCCUCCAAAUCACUUGUGCCAUGUAGCUGCUUACUAGGGUAGAUAGCUAAUAUAAUAAUAUAAGGCUGUUUUAAACGUUAUUUAAAUAAAAUACACAUAUUGCAAUUAAA